CUUUACAACAACUCGCUGGAUGCUUCGCAGAAGGAGGCCGUCUCCUUCUCACUGGCACAGAGGGAGCUUGCCAUUGUCCAUGGACCACCUGGCACAGGGAAGACCACAACUCUAGUGGAGAUCAUCUUGCAAGCUGUACAGCAAGGCCUGAAAGUCCUGUGCUGUGCCCCUUCCAACGUUGCAGUGGAUAACCUGGUGGAAAGGCUGGCUGGCUACAAAGCCCGCAUCCUGCGGCUCGGGCACCCUGCUCGCCUGCUGGAGCCCAUCCAGCAGCAUUCCUUGGAUGCAGUCUUGGCCCGUGGUGACAGCGCCCAGAUAGUGGCAGAUAUCAGGAAGGACAUCGACCAGGCCUUUGCAAAAACUAAAAAGGCUCAAGACAAGGGAGAGCGGAGCCAUUUUCUCAGUGAGAUUAAGGCACUGAGAAAGGAGCUGAAGGAACGAGAAGAAACUGCCAUGGCUGCAGCCCUUACCCAUGCCAGUGUUAUCCUUGCUACGAAUACAGGUGCUUCCUCUGAUGGCCCACUGAAGCUGCUUCCCGAAAACCACUUUGAUCUGGUGGUGAUAGAUGAGUGUGCUCAGGCCCUGGAAGCCAGCUGCUGGAUACCUCUGCUGAAGGCUCGGAAGUGCAUCCUGGCCGGGGAUCACAAACAGCUCCCCCCCACCAUCAUCUCUCACAAAGCUGCUGCCAAGGGCCUUUCACUCAGCUUGAUGGAGCGUCUCAUCGAGAGGUACGGGGAGAAGAUUGUGAAGAUGCUGACGGUGCAGUACCGGAUGCACCAGGCCAUCAUGCAGUGGGCUUCCUUGGAGAUGUACAGUGGCCGGCUCACUGCUCACCCAUCAGUAGCCCAGCAUUUGCUCAAGGACCUGCCGGGCGUCACCUCUACAGAAGAGACCACGAUUCCCUUAUUGCUUAUAGACACUGCUGGCUGUGGCCUGUUUGAGCUGGAAGUGGAAGAUGAACAGUCUAAGGGGAAUCCAGGGGAGGUGGAGCUGGCUGGUUUGCACAUCCAAGCCUUGGUGGAAGCUGGUGUGAAGGCACAAGACAUCGCUGUCGUAGCCCCCUACAACCUCCAGGUGGACAUGCUAAGAGAGCACCUUUACCACAGGUACCCAGAACUGGAAAUUAAAUCAGUGGAUGGUUUCCAAGGAAGAGAGAAAGAGGCGGUGAUCCUGUCAUUUGUGAGGUCCAACAGGAAAGGUGAGGUGGGCUUUCUUGCAGAAGACCGGCGGAUAAACGUAGCGGUGACCCGUGCCCGGCGCCAUGUGGCUGGCAUCUGCGACACCCGCACCGUCAGCAACCAAGCCUUUCUGAAGCGGCUGGUGGAUUAUUUCAGCCAGCACGGGGAGGUGCGCACAGCCUUCGAGUACCUCGACAACCUCGUGCCCGAAAACUACACACAGGAGGGCCGCAGCGAGCGACAAGGUGCAAAGCUCCCCGCAGCACCUGGCCCCAAACCGCAGCUGCCUCCGGGGAGGAAACUCAAAGCAGCAGCGACCAAACCAGCGUGUCCGAAGCCAGAAGCGUGUUUCUCCCCAAACACAAGCGGACCUGGGGGACAGAGCCCGGGGACAAAAGACGGUGCCGACAGAUUCAAGGCCAUGCUGGUGGCCUUCCUGGAGAGCAGCGAGCUGCAGUUGGAUUUCCCCCCGUCCCUCAGUUCCCACGAUCGGAUGCUGGUUCACCUAAUGGCAGAGGAACACGGGCUGCAGCACGUGAGCACCGGGGAAGGGAGGAACCGGUACAUCAGCGUUCGCAAGAAAGAGCCCGCUGAGCCUUCGCUACCCGCAGCCGCCCCCCCUAGCAAGGAGCUCCCCCUUCCUCAGCCGCAACGUCCCAGCAGGGAAACUCCUGUCCCUGCUGAGCCAGGAGGAAGCAGCAAGGGCUCAGGGAAAGUGGACCUGAAAACCCUGCACCUGGAGAGAGUUCAGAGGGAGAAAGCCAGACGGGAGGAGGCCAGUGCCGGCCCUCAGGGCAGCAGCAGGAAAAAAGACAAAAGCGAAGCCAAAGGAAAGCCAGCAGUUAAGAGCGGAGCAGGCAAGGCAGCAGAAGAAGAUAUCGACGCUCUGAUUUCUGCUGCCAUUAAAGCUGACAACACCUGCGGCUUCCCUCGCUGCAAAGCCAGCGUUAGAACCCUGGGACAGCUUUGCCUCCACUGCAACAGGCAGUACUGCCUCAGCCAUCACAUCCCGGAGGUUCACGGCUGCGGGGAGAAGGCCAGGGCCCACGCGCGGCAGAGGAUCAGCAGAGAAGGGGUUCUCUAUCCCGGGAGCGGCUCCAAAGACAAGUCCCUGGACCCGGCCAAGAGAGCCCAUCUCCAGCGGUGCCUCGACAAGAAGCUCAGCGAACUGACCAGCCAGAGAAAGAGCAAAAAGAAAGACAAGAGAAAUGAAGGACCUGAAUGCUUCUUUAACCUUGAAGUCACAGGUCAGACUACCUAAACCAAAGAUGCUAUUAAAGCUACGGGGCCGUGCUGGCCCGAGAGGAAAACGGGAGCUCUCAUUUUGGGUGGUAGACAGCUUGGAGCCAGUGUGCCUGAGUAA